ACACUUGGUUGGGAUUGUUUUGAUGGGACGGCGGCGGAGCCAUCUUGUUUUAUAUGCGUCCUAAGUCCGUAUACCGAGCCAGAGGAAACAGCCGUGGAAUAUGACACCACAUCCCGACCCUAGCCAACUGAAAUAAACGCAUCCGAGUUUCAAAGCUUAUUUCUGUUCGAAGUAGUACACGCAGAGAGCGGAAUCUGCUGUUCGUCGUGAUUUAUUUUUCAACAUCGGCGGCUGCUGCUUUAACUGCAUUUUCUCUUUCACAUUUUCUCCGGUGGAAGAUACUAUGAAUGGAGGAUAAAUGUUGCCGAAGGCUGACAGCGGUGGUUUUGUGCUUCUCCUCUUCAUUCUGACAAUAACAGAUCCGUCACGGACAGGUCCACGGCUCGCUCUGGCCAGACUGUUGCCAGAUCAGCGCUGCAGUCCGGCCCAGUUUACCUGCCGGAGCGGAAAAAUGCAGUGCAUCCCUCUGUCCUGGCAGUGCGAUGGAUGGACGGCCUGUGAGGACAAAAGCGAUGAGAUGGAUUGCCCCACAAUAAAGGAGGAGCAGUAUCGUUACAGUAACGGUUUUGAGCCGGUGGAGGACGUCAUAGGAGUCGCUCAGCCAGUGCGCUUCAACAGGAAGUGUCCGAGCGGCUGGCAUCAUUAUGAAAAAACAGCCAGCUGUUAUAAAGUCUACCUGAGGAGCGAGAACUACUGGCAGGCGGUGGAAACCUGUCAGAAGGUCAACGGUUCCCUCGCCACGUUCGGCACCAACGAAGAGCUGCAGUUCAUCCUCAAGAUCGAGGUGGACUUCGAUGAGAAAGUGUGCGAGCGGAAGGACCAGUGCAAGUUCUGGGUGGGAUAUCAGUAUGUGAUUACCAACCAGAAUCAUUCGCUCGAGGGCCGUUGGGAAGUGGCAUAUAAAGGAUCCAUGCAGGUGUUUCUGCCUCCGGAGGGUCUGGCUAAUUUGGGCGAGGCGAACCCCACCCAGGAUAAUGUAUUCUGUGCCCAGCUGCAGCGCUUUCAGAUCAAGAGCAUGAACGAGCGAGGCUUGCACAGCUGGCACGCCGAAAACUGCUACAAAAAAUUCCCCUUCCUCUGCAAGAGAAGACAAACAUGUGUGGACAUCAGAGACAAUGUGGUGAACGAGGGCUAUUACUUCACACCUAAAGGGGACGACCCGUGUCUGAGCUGCACAUGCCACGACGGCGAGCCGGAGAUGUGUGUGGCUGCCCUGUGUGAACGCCCGCAGGGCUGCCAGCAUUUCCGCAAGGACCCUAAAGAGUGUUGCAAGUUCACCUGCUUGGAUCCCGACGGUAGCAGUCUGUUUGACUCUAUGGCCAGCGGGAUGAGGCUCAUCGUGAGCUGCAUCUCAUCCUUCCUCAUCCUCUCGCUGUUGCUCUUCAUGGUGCACAGACUGAGACAGCGCCGGCGGGAACGCAUCGAAACCCUCAUUGGAGGAAACCUGCAUCACUUUAAUCUGGGUCGGAGGGUCCCUGGGUUUGACUAUGGGCCGGAUGCGUUCGGGACGGGCCUGACGCCUCUGCACCUCUCUGAUGAUGGUGAAAGUGGAGCUUUUCACUUCCAGGAGCCUCCACCCCCUUAUGCUGCUUACAAAUACCCAGAUAUCCACCACCCCGAUGACCCUCCUCCUCCAUAUGAGGCCUCCAUCAACCCAGACAGCAUUCUCUACAUGGACCUUGGACGGACCGGUGUUCCGCUGGUGACUGGUCACAUGAGCGGUACGGUCAACUCUCUCCAGAGAGAUUUCCCAGAGGCUGUGCUCCCCGCCCUGCUGCCGCCGCCCCUGGAGGAGCGCGAGGACUCCAUCGACAGCAGCACCCUGCUGGUGUCUCCAGACACCCCCAGCGAAUCAGAGAGCAGCAUCACGCAGAGCUCCACCGCAGACUGCAGCGGGCCCUCGCUCAGCACCAUGGUGUAGGGCACAUCACUGGAACAUAGGGUACAUGUCCAGACCGGACACUUUACUAGCUGAAGGUAGGACUCAAGGACGACUUCCCUUUUAGAGCAAAGACUUCAGACACGAAUGAAAAGAUACUUGUUUCGGGUUUUUAUUCAGCUUGAGUGUCACAUGUAAAUACUUCCGUCGGCCAUCGGCUGAUGUCGUGGAGGGCCAGUAAAGCACCUCUCUGUGAGGUUGACACUGACAUGUGUCGAUCGCCACACUUUGAACUAAUGAACCGGUUGAUGAACAGACUUUUUAGGCCUCAGUGGUGUAAUCAAGACGACCCGACGUUCUCUCACUGGACUCUUUCCUGGCACAAAGAAGCUCAUUACUGCUCUGUCUAAACUGACCCUUCAGAACCCUGUCUUGAUGGUCAUUUACAGGAAGGAUCCGUUUGGAUGUGAACGACACCAUAUUAUUAUCUGGAGUUCUG